AUGGAAGGCAAACUCGAGGGAUUGGACAACGCUUGUGAGGGCUGUAAAUGUCCUCCACAGAAGAAGGCAGUCUACCUGCUCCUGGCCUUGUUCAGAGAAGUCACCUCUCUCUACAGAUCAGCCAAUGACAGCUUCCAUCCUAAACCUGUGCAAUGCCAGGCCCUGUUGGCYUUCAUCCAGGCCUCCAAGGUGCUGGUCAGCCCAGAGGUGAGGGCCUUCGCCCAGGCCCUGGUGGCCAACCGGCUGGGGCCCCUGGAGGUCCGUCCCGGGGCCUCUGGGGCCCAGUGUGUGGUGGUGGAGCUGAGCGURCACCUGGCUGCAGUGCUGCUCUGUGGGAACCAGGGUCUACUGACGCCCCUCCAGCAGCUGGCACUACUGCCUGCCAACAUGCAGAGAGCCUUCCUCCCCACCAUGCCAGAGGACAUGCUAGCAGUGGCUCACAAAGCCAUGGGGCAGCUGCAGUGGUACUUUUGUCCCAACAAACACCCGUGCACCAUCGGUGAGUGUGGCCAGCCRAUGGAGAGGAGUCGCUGCCUGGACUGUGGCCUUGAGAUUGGAGGGGACAACCACAAGGCUGUCCCUGGCUUCCAAGCCGUUCAGAUUCAGGGUGACCGCACCCAGACCGGCCACAUCCUGGGAGAGCCCAGACGGAGAGACAACCUGGACAUGCAGGACACCAAGAAUAUGUCCCCAGUGCCCUUUAACCUGCUGCGCCUGAUCACACACAUGGCCAUGCUGCUAGGGGCCAGCAGUCACCCCCAGGAGGCAGAGCUGCGGUUGGUGAAGUUCCUUCCUGACAUCCUGGCACUGCAGAGAGAUCUGGUGAAGAGGUUCCAGAACGUGACUGACCUCACCUGCCGUACCAUCGCUGACUUCCUUCACAGCCAGAAAGCAGCCUCCCUCACAGCCUGGUACGAGAAACGGGUCAAAAUCUUCCUGACAACAUGGAAUCAGCUCCGGGUCUCCCUGGCAACCAACGGUGAGAUUAAAAUCCCUGGCGAGUUCUGCCGGGAGGACCUGGACCUGACCAGUGACUUCCUGGUUCUGUUGCCACGGCGACAGGGUUCCGGCCUGUGUUCCACGGCGCUGGUCAGCUACCUCAUCGCCCUGCACAACGAACUGGUCUACUGCGUGGACAAGCACACUGGAGAGGAGACCAGCUACACGGUGAGUCCGGCGGACCUGAGCGACCUGCACGUGAUCCGCUACGAGCCGGAGAGGGAUCUGCUGCCCUUGGUUCUGUCCAACUGCCAGUACAGUGUGGAGCGUGGCCAGGAGGCCCUGCACGAGUACGACCUGCCCAAGAUCCAGCAGCAGAUCCUGUGCAUGUACCGUCGCGGAAAUUCCACGAGUGGAGUCUGA